GCCAGUGUCAGUCCCUCCUGUCAGCUAGUCCAAGCUGGAGCUGGUCCUUACAGACACGCCCUCAACAGCGCUGCCCUGCUAGUAUACAUCGUCACAAGGUUGACCCUGCCAGCAAGAGGUUCAGCAGCGUUGCCUAGCAGCAUGGCCUUCUUAGCAAGUGGACGAGCAAAGGAGCCAGCUGGCACUCAGCAUCUCACUUCCUGUCUUUCCACCAAUCACAGGACUGCAACUAAGGGGAAGAACAUGAGCAUAUUCAGCAGAUCAACAGUGCAGCAAGACUCUAGGUCUCUGAGAGGAAGGCCUGGAGGCUCUGCAGCGGUCAGGUCCUUCUGCCCUCUAACCGCCCGGGCACAGAGGAGGAGGGACAGAGAGAGGAGAGAGGAGGAACAGCAAAGGAGGAGGAGAGAGGGGGAGGAGAAGGACAGGAGAGAGGGAGCUGAGAGACACCUACCAAGACCUCCACAGCUCUCCCUACAGGUCAGGAGGACUAACAAGGUUGCCCUGAUGACUGGACUCUCUGAACAAAGAACCUCUUGUGUCAGGUCAGUUCCUACCUUAAAGCCUAGGACAGGGGUGGGCAGCAGAUGCCCCCCCAGGCCCUGCACAAGGCCUAGCAGUACCUGUAAACCAAGACUCCAGGAAACCAACAACAACCACCUCUCCCGGCAUAGCAAACACCAACUGCCUCGCAAUCAGCACCUUCCUCUUCACCACCGAACAGUUUCUAACUACUAUAGCAACCCCAAGACCUUCAGUAGUCUCCAGAACUCAGGAAGACAUUCAAGCAGGACUCCAAAUCAAAUACCAUUGACUAAUGGCUCAGUCAUCAGACCGCUGAGUGAGAACCCUGGGGUCCUAAGGUUGUCCAGAAGAAGAAGAGGCCUCCCACCAGAUACCAGCCCUAGCCCCCUGAAUCGGGUUCCUUCGGACAUCAACUCAUCGAAGAAAUGCGGGACAGUGCAAUGCGAAGACGGUGAUGUCCCAUUGGAGAGUGACUACCAUACUGGUGAGAUACUACAGAAGAAGAUGGACUGUGCUAAAGAUGGUAAAGAGGGGUAUGUGAGUAAUACUGGAGAAAUCACUGGUAGUAGUCAUGAUGAAGAACUUAGACAAAAUAGAUGUGGCCGUGUUGGAGAGAUGAGACUAGAGAGGGGCAGCUGCAUUAGUGACGACCUACAGGACAAGGUGAAUGUUAGAGAGUUAAGCUUGACCAAGGUCUGUGCUCUGGAGCCCUCUCAAAAAAGGGUCAACUUUACCAGCAUUAUCACAAACGUUGACAUCAGCCCUGUCAGUGAGGUCAUGUAUCGACAUGUCAGAGAAAAGAGGCUCCAGAGAAAUCAGCCUGCUUCAUCCACAAUCCCUAAGCUAAUUACCAGAACUGCUGAUUCUAGGACUGUUGCCAGAGCUGCUACUGCUAGGACUUCUGUAACUAAAGCUGCUAUCAACUCAGUGACACCUAUACACAUACACACUGACCCACCAGCCACUUACUCUGCCAAGCACACUGCUAAGGGUACUAACAAAGGUGCUAGCAAGGACAAUACCAAGUGUACUUCACCAGCCAGCAGUUACUCUAUCCAUAAUUCUAAAGGUGCUGCAAAAGAUACUUCCAAGUGUACCACAGAAGACUCGACAAAGGACAUUGCACCUGUCAGUAGCUAUUCUAUCACUUCCGAGGGCUCAACAAAGGGCCUUAACCAGACCAAGUCUGCUACCUCAGCCAUCAAGACCAGGUCCAGCCCUAGAAUCCUUCUGAAACGUUAACAAACACCUGAACUAUGUCUGAAAACAUGUUCUCACAGAUUCAUUAUUCGCAAUAUUUAGAAUUGUUGAGAAAGACAGUUUUGAAAAUAGUAAAAACAACAUCAGAUACUGUUGAUCAUUAGCACUGCAUGAUGAUGGUUGUUGGCUGGUUGGAUAGUAACCCGUGACUAUGUACUGUUCUUUACAUUUGUCAGUGAUUGUGGGAUUCGAUAUAGGAAAAUAAAUAAUGAGAAGAGAGCGUAAUGGCAGACACUUUGUAAAAUGGACAGUAUAGUGAAAAGUCACUAUUUUUAGAUGGUCCCUUGCCGUAUCUGAAAAAGUAGCUUGAUAUUUUUGUAUUAAUAUAUUCAUAUAUGAAAGGCACUGUUUUAAUCAAAGCACAUAGUUUACUUGAGUCAGUCUACUGUACAGUUUUCAGCAGCAAAGGUUACAGUACAGUCUUGCCAUUUCAGUUAAACAAGAAUAAUGGGCCUCAUUCACCAACUAUUCUGUAAAAGACAUUUCUUCUUAAAAACCACUUAUGCAGCUUUCACAAAGAUUCUAACAUUCACAACUGUUUCCUUAUUUGGGAUUUCCUUUUUUUUUCUUUUCUUAGGUAAGAAUGUACACACACUCAGGAGCACAGUAGUAUUAUUGACUUUGAAUUACAAUGAAUUUUUAUAAUUCAUAAUUUUUUAAAUAAUCAUUUUGAUUAUUUUACAAAAAGCAUUAUGGUUUUUUAAAAUAAACACUCCACUUACAAUUCAAACUAGUUAUGUUAACGAGAACCAUGUAUCCAGUGAUUACUGUUAGAAAAUAUCACGGGCGGAUAGGACAGCCAGGGCAGAAAGUAACAAAGCACCAUUCUGGGUAAGUUAUUAAUAACUCACAGAAACACUUCGUGAAAUAGUCCACUUCCACCUAUUCUCCCCCUCUUGCUGUCUCUCUUUAAACACUUGCAGCCACACCUUGGAGAAUGCCACCAUGCUCAUCUCUGUCCUCAGUCCUGACAGUUGUGCUGUAAUGCAUAAAGUUUGUGCGUGGGGUGGUUGAUUAACACAUAUUUUUAGUAUCCGAUACAUCUUUUUUGUGCUAUUUUAUAUCCACUCCUGACUCUACUAACAGUGACAGCUUGUUUGGUGUAUGCUUCCUGCAGAAGCACGUUCACUUCAGAGCUAUUGAAGUUUUUUCUGGAGUCCGUUGCUCCACCCUCUUUAGAGGUUGGACAUUCUAGUCUUACUUCUCUCAACUUUUCUUCUUCUUUUUCUUCUUCAAGUUCUGUGUGCGCACACCGCACUGCAGUCUCAUCCCUGCAGUCUCACAUCAUGAAUCUGACGUAGACUUUUCUUAGGACCUUUCUUAAGAACAAAUUUGAGAAAAAACUUUGGAAGAUGUUGGUAAAUGAGGCCUAAUAUUUCAGAUCAAUAACAUAAAAGUCCUACAGAUUUCUCACUUAAUACCCACAACGAAUCAAAGGAUAGGUUCCCAUUUUUCAAGGCUGUCUGAAAACAAUAGUCAAGUGCUCGUAUAGAUUUCAAUUUAAGUUAUGGGCAACAAAAUCCACAGUUCUGUGCAAAAACAAAGCAACGUUGAGCUGAAACUAAUACAAGGCUUUAGCAGUCUAAGGACCCAAACACAACAAACCAACUCGUGGCAACAAAGGCCCAUGCUGUGUCGCUUUACAUCCCCUUUGUCUCAACCAAAAAGUUGCACAUGAGCACACUGGAAAGACUACAGGCGACGUAUGUUCUAAGCCUGCUUGAGAGGAAAUAACACCAGCAGACAGUAGUUGUCUGUUAUUGUCAUUUAAAAAGGGAAACUGGAAAACUGCCAGUUAGCACAUUAACAACGCAAUCCAAUGUUUAAAGUACGGAGCUUAUUUUCCAUGCACCAGUGAACAAUACACAAACCAUCAGGAAAUGUUUCUGCUAAAGAGCUCAAAGAGCUCUGGAUAAAGAAAAUAAUCUGACCUUAUGGAACAAGUUUGUUUUGGUCUCACUCCCUCUGGAGUUAAGCUGUUUGUUUUUGAUUUUGUUUUUCAAAUCAGACCUUUAAGAAAGACUGUCUGCACUGUUAUUUGCAAGUGAUUAGAUCGAAUUUGUGUGUCUGGAAAUCAACAACCAAUCUGUAUGGGUUGCUAUGGUAAUGGCAUGGUGUCAGUAAGUACGUAGCCACACAGGUGAUGCAGCUUUUGGACAAGGCAGCAUGAGAAAUGGAGGCUAACAAUAACAGUAAAUAGGGAAAGGGAAAAUAAAGUAAGUCUCUGUCAUGCAGCAUUGCAGAGAUAUUUAGCAUUAGUAACGUUAUGUCUCACAUGACAUUUACCACCCCAAUGUUAACUUCUUUAGUGUACAGUAUGCUCAGCUGGACAGUGACAUCUUACAAGAGGCUCUUUAAGAUCUAAUUUGAGCAUCCAGACUGAGACACGUCUGUGGAAAUGUGAUUUGAAUAUCAACCCAAUCCCAUGUGAAACCACUUCCAAAUGUGGUUUGUAUCUGAUUUUCAAAAAUUCUCAACUCAACUCAACUCAAACUUUUAUAGAGCACAUUUAAAACAACCGGGUUUGACCAAAGUGCUGUACAGAUUAAAAGCAGCACAGAUGAUAAAAGUGACCCAUACAAUACAGGAAUUACAAUAAAUAAAAUAAAUACCAAAGUACAUAAACACAGUGCUAUAAAAUAGAAUAAAAUAAAUUAAAAUUAAAUUAAAAUUUUGCCAGAAGUCCAUUUAAACUCGAUUAAAAGCCAAGGAGAAGAGGUGUGUCUUUAGGGAGGAUUUAAAAACCUCAAUCGAUCCCGCAGAGUGGAUGUGCCAGAUCAGGUUGUUCCAGAGCCUAGGGGCCGCCACCACAAAGGCUCAGUCACCUUUGGUUUUUAGCCUCAUUUUGGGGGUGACCAGUAGCAGCUGAUUAGAAGAUCUCAAUGUUCUGGCAGGGGCGUGGAUACGGAGGAGCUCAGUCAAGUACUGGGGGGCUAGGCCAUUGAGAGCUUUAAAAACAAACAAUAAAAUUUUAAAAUCUAUUCUAAAAGCAACCAGGAGCCAGUGCAGCGAAGCUAGGACAGGAGAUAUGUGGUCACGCUUGCGUUUGCCAGUGAGGAGAUGGGCAGCUGCAUUUUGUACCAGCUGCAGGCAAUGCAAGAGUGAGUGGUCCGGGCCAAAGUACAGUAAGUUGCAGUAAUCCAGUCGUGUGUUAAUAAAAGCAUGGAUUAGAGUCUCAAGAUCUUUACGUGGCAGGUACCCUUUUACUUUCGAUAAAAUCCUCAAACGGAAAAAGCUGUUUUUCACAACCGAACUGACCUGGCGAUCAAAUUUCAGAUUUUUCGCUGAUGACAGGAUGUUUGGUGUAAGGGGGCCCAGAAAGCCAGCAGGAAAGUCUGCUGGACCACAUCCAAACAUUAUGAUUUCAGUCUUGUUUUCAUUUAGAUUCAAAAAGUUUGUGGUCAUCCAGGAUUUAACAUCGUUUAGGCAAUCAAGCAAUGUCUGUACAGAGUCACUGGAUUUUGAUGUUAAAGGCAGGUAAAUCUGAACAUCAUCGGCAUAACAAUGAAAAGAAAGAUUAUAAUUCUUGAAAACUGACCCUAAUGGUAGCAUAUACAGUAAGAAAUGAAAAUUGCAUUUCAUGUGGUUUUUGCUGCCCAGACUUUCUAUAUCAAUCUGAGUACUAUCUGGAUAUGCCAAAAACCAGUUUGGGCUGGCAGUCGGAAUAAGGCCUUAGUCUGUUGAAUCAAGUGGGUAUCUUCCAAAGAUAGUCUUUUUAGUAUGGGUUCUUCUCUUUGUCUUCCUGUCCACCUGCCAAAGCUCAACAGGAAAACACUUACCAGGGAACCAAAAAGGAUGGAUUUUGUACAAAAUAGGCCAUAACUAUGGAAUAUAUAUCCACUUCAUUUGUUGGAUUCAGACUUCUGCAGCCCCAUAUUGACUUUUUACUAUUGUGUGUGUUGUGGAAUGCAUUCAUCCCCAUUUCCACCAAGCAGUCUGGUACGGUACAGUUCAGUUCGGUACGCACUUGUUCCAUUUCCACUGUGAAAAGUUGUGGAUGGUACUAAUGGAACCAUUCCUAACUGUCCCCAUUUUGGUCACCCCUCUUUUGGGUUACCCAGCACACAGAUCUGGUACUAAAAGGUGGAGCUAGAAACACUGCAGUCCAUUAGAUAGAGGACUGUCACUCUUGCUGAGCGCUGAGUUGUGGCAUGAAAGGAUGUUUUGCUGCCUCUUGCAGCAGCUGUAGACUGAGAAAAAAAUAACUUAAUUAAUUAAUAACACACCUUAAAUUUCAAUAUGACAACUCUGACCAUUCCAUUAGUUUUUAUUGUCCCUCUUGGAUGACACACUUUAAGUAAUGAGUGGAUCUUCAAGGGUUUAAAAAUUUUUUAUUAAUUUCAGAUGGAUUAUGUGAACUGCAUAUAUUCUAAUCCUCGCUUGGACAAAAAUAAAAGCAUUGUGGAGCGUGGUUCCUCUGGGCUCUGGCAGCACUAAACCCUUGCGCUUGCCCGAGACGGACUAAAUGCACAAACUUGCUAUUUUUAAAUAUCCCACUGAGAGAGACUGUCACUGCAGCCUGUUCUGUUUUGUUUUAAAAAUGUUGGUGUGCAACCCUGUUCUGUGGACGAUAAAUGAGGUGCAGCCUUCUCUCUGUAUCAGGGAGUUACAACAACCCUGCCCACAUUUAAGAGUACUGUUUGUAGUGGAAAUGCUGAAUGGAUCUAGUGUAUAGGUACCAUGUCUGAAGGGUUACUUUUGGUUCUGGUACCAUACGGAAAGUGUUUGGUGGAAACGGGGCUUUUUUGUACUGUGACUGUGGAUUUUGUCCUCCAUCACUCACAUUGAAUGUGCAUUAGGAAGGGCUUUAUUAUCAGGAGGAAUGAUAACAUUGAGCAAAGUAUUGUUUUAAGACAGAUUUGAAGAAAAUAAACCAAUCCUAUAAGGAGUCAGUGGCAUGUAAAUGGAAACAUCCAUUCUAUCCACAUCAACUCUUACAGCCACCAGUACCACCAGCUGUAUAUGUGAAACCAGCAGCACAAUCACCAGCCGAACUGUCUUUACCAGCCUGUGUCAUGUCAGAAGGACCUCCCAAUCUACUGUUUUUUUUUUCAAUGGGUAGGAUUUGUUUUCAAGUAGGUUACGUGUGAAGUAUACAAGAACAAAACUGGUUUUUAUUCACUCCUUAUUUCUUCUGAAUAAAUUCGCCUGUACUGUAUGUACCAUUCACAAGUACCUCACAAGGCACACAAAAGAGUAUGGAGGGGGCCGCGUAAUGACAUGUGACAUGCUUAUUUCAGAGUCUGUGUGGAUUAGUACACUUGUAAAAAUAGAAGAUAUGUGUUUGUGAGGCAGGUGAGCAACAAACAUAUGAAGAAACGCCUCAGUAAAUACUGGUGACAUGGUUUGUCCUUAGCUGUCAACAUGGCCAUCACAUUGUAAGAUAAUUGACUGGAUGAGUCACCACACUAGAAAUCAUGGAAACGACUGAAACAUCAGGAGGCUUUAAGAUUAUAUCAGGUGCUAUCAGGUGCUAUUAGCUUGCUCAUAAACAUGGGAGGUUAAAUAGAAGAGUGGUAAAAUCACAUGGCUGUGUUAAAUAAAAUGAAUCUAACUCUGGUAACUCCAAAUGAAAAGAAAAAAGAAAACAGCAACUGUGGGAGAUGGCAAAGCUGCUGCCUCUGCUAUAGCUUUCAAAAUCAUCUUAAGGUUGCCAAGAUAUUUCUGCACACAGGGGCUUCAAAUAAGUAAUUGACAAAUGUGUUUGUAAACCACUUUGUGAUACUCUGUCCAUGCUUUUGUCCACUAGCACGUUUUAAACUAUGUUAUGCAUAAAGCAUUGAAUCAGUUUCAUAUCAUACCUCAUUUCAUCAUACCUGUCUCAGCUGUGGAGCAUUAAUAAACCAUAUAUUGACAUGUGCAUUCAAGGCCUUUAAACACAAGGGGCAUUUCUUCCAUAUGGUUGAUUUGCUCUUCAGUACAUACUCUUCAAACUGUUAUCUUUGUUAUGAGUACUUAAACACAGAACAUGAACAUUACGCAAUGAAAAGCACCGUUUUGUUUACUUGAAUGAGGUCAAUUUUUCUAGACUUUUGCACCGCAAAAAAAAGGAUCAAGGCAUCAAUCACUUUGCGCCCACAAAACAUCCUCUGAAUGAGGAUUACAACACAACAUGGAGGCUCACACAAACCAUGGACUGUUUACCAAAAUUUAAAUUACUCCUCUGACAAAGGAAGUCCAUGUCAGAUCCACUCCUUCAUUCUUACCUUUCACAAUAAUUGCCUGAGACGUGUACACUGUGUAACUGUUUACCAGAGGGUACUCAAAUUUUGUCAGAAUUCAUAAAAAGAAGCUUGAUAUAAUAGAUUCCAAUACCUUCGGCUAAACAACAACUUACUGCAGACAGACCGCAGACAAAAGCUUUUGUUGAACAAGUGUUGCAACUGUCACCAAUUCACAUCACUGCCAGUAUGAAUAGUUUUGAUACAAAAUUCAAUUCAAUUCAAUUCAAUUUUAUUUAUAAAGCCCAUUAUCACAAAUAACAAUUUGCCUCAGAGGGCUUUACUGCAUACGACAUCCCUCUGUCCUUUGGAUCCUCACAGCGGAUAAUGAAAAACUCCCCUAAAAAAAUGGUAGACACCUCAGGAAGAGCAACUGAGGAGGGAUCCCUCUUCCAGGAAAGAGAGACAGAGAGAGAUGCAGGACAGACAGUAAUGACAGCUUACAACAACAUUAAUUUAAGUAAUAAUAUUACAAUAAUAAUUAUGGCUAUUGUGGUACAAUAUAUUGUAGGUAUAACUAAUGAUAAUAGCAGCAGUAGGAGGCAUCAGGCAGGACCACGGCAGCAGCACAACCACGUCACACGAUCCAGGCACAGCUGCGAUACAAGGUAACCUGCAAGACAGUGGAGCGCAAAGGCUCCAGAGAAGAAGCCGAGUUAGUGACAUGCAGUAAUAGGAUGUGAAUGUUAGCAAAGGAGAGAGAGAGAGAGAGAGAGAGAGAGAGAGAGAGAGAGAAGGAGAGAAGGUGCUCAGUGUAUUAUAGGUGAUGUAUUAUAGGAGGUCCCCCGGCAGACUAGGCCGAUGUCAGCCUAACUAGGGGCUGGUCCAAGACAAGCCUGAGCCAGCCCUAACUAUAAGCUUUAUCAAAAAGGAAAAUCUUUAGGCUAGUCUUAAAUGUGGAGACGGUGUCUGCCACCUGGACUGAAACAGGAAGAUGAUUCCACAGAAGAGGAGCCUGAUAGCUGAAGGCUCUGGUUCCUGAUCUACUUUUGGAGACUUUAGGGACCACGAGUAAAAUUUUAACUAGUGCUGUCUCAGUGCUAUGAUGCACUCUAAAUCCUGACUGAAAUUCCUCAAAUAAAUUAUUAUCGCAGAGAAAGUCACACAGCUGGUCUGCGACUACUUUCUCAAGGAUCUUUGAAAGAAAGGGAAGAUUAGAAAUUGGUCUAUAGUUGGCUAACACCUCUGGAUCCAGGGUGGGCUUUUUUACAAGAGGUUUAAUAACAGCUACCUGAGACGAUUGUGGUACUUAGCCUGCUAAUAAAGAUAUAGUGAUCAUGUCUAAUAAGUCAGUGUUAGCUGAAGGUAAGACUUCCUUUAGUAGCCUAGUUGGGAUGGGGUCUAAGAGACACGUUGAUGAUUUAGAUCAUUGAAGUCAGUUGUUGAAGAGAAAUCGGGGAGAAGCUAUCUAAAUAUAUAUUAGGUCUUACAGCUGUGUUUGAGGGCAGAUUGGUUCCGUUUGAGGGCAGGAGGUCAUGAAUAGGUCGAAUAGGUAAAAUUUUGUCAUUAAAAAAGCUCAUAAAAUCAUUCCUGCCAAGGGCUAAAGGAAUAUAAGGCUCAAUAGAGCUGCGAAUCUCAGUCAGCCUGGCUACAGUGCUGAAAAGAAACCUGGGGUUGUUCUUAUUUUCUUCUAUUAAUGCUGAAUAAUAGUUUGCUCUGGCAUUGCGGAGGCCCCUCUUAAACGUUUUGAGACUGUCUGCCCAGACUAAACAAGAUUCUUCCAGUUUGGUUAAUCGCCAAUUCCUUUCAAAUUUUCACGAUAUUUGUUUUAACUUACGAGUUUGAGAGUUGUACCAAGGAGCGAACUUUCUCUGCUUUGAUAACUCCUUUUUAAGAGGUGCUAUGGAGUCGAGUGUUGUUCACAGCGAGCCUGUAGCGCUAUCGACAAGAUGAUCAAUUCCCAAAGAGUUUAAAGUCGGUAUGGGAAACCUCUGUUACAGAAGGAUAUGGUAUUAAAUGGCAUCGAUGGAAUCAUUUCCUUAAAUUUUGCGAGAGCACUAUCUGAUAAACACCUAUUAUAGUAACUGUUGCUAAGUGGCAUGUAAUCGAGUAGAAAGAAAUCAAAAGUUAAUUAUUAAAUAAUGAUCUGGGAGAGAGGGAUUCUGUGGACAGACUAUUAGGUUAUCAGUUUCAAUUCCAUCCAUCAGAACUAGAUCGAGGGUGUGGUUAAAACAGUAAGUGGGUUUAUAUACACCCUGACUGAAGCCAAUGGAGUCUAAUAAUGAGAUAAACGCAGUAGCGAGGGAGUCAUUAUCAACGUCAACAUGAAUGUUAAAAUCACCUACAAUAAUAACUUUAUCUGAUUUAAGAACUAAACUGGAUAAAAACUCGGAGAAUUCAGAUAAAAAUUCAGAAUACAGGCCAGGAGCACGGUACACUAUAACAAACAGAAGUCAGUCCCUCCAGGAUCUUGCGGGAAAAAAAACUUGAAUUUGUGGCCAAUUUUGUCAAAAAUUGCGAUUAAAUUUGCAGCAUUUUUAUGUGAUUUUUUUGCGGGAAAUUGCGGCAAAUGACAAAAAUUGCGGCUAAUGACAAAAGGAGGGGAAAAAAAUGUCUUUUUUUAUUUUCUAUUACUACGUCCAAAAACAUAGGUCAUGUAAUCACUUGCUAUAAUAAUCAUACUGAAUAUUACAAAAAUAGCUGCAAAUGUUUUUUAUAGUUCUCUUCUUCAGUUUUAUUUAAUAACUUUCAAAACAUGGACUCCAAUAAUGUUGCAAAAAAUCCUGAGUGAAUAUUGUAGCUCUCAAACCACACAAUGUGACUGUAAAACAACAUGUAAACUACAUCUUCUGUAAACAUAACAUUUUGAUAAAUUCAACACAUAUUGUAUUUAAACAGUGUAAAUUCUUAUGUCAAUACAGAGCGUUUCUCCAUACUGCCAUGCCAUUAGCGCAUUUGAUGACGCGUCUGAUGACGUUUCAAAUGACGUCGCAUGCACGACGACUUCCGGUUGGACAGAAAAUGCGGAAAAACGUGGGAAAAUAGUGAUGGGCAAAGCAGUUCUUUAGAUGUUACUGAAUCACUAGAAUCAGUUCAUUAAAAUGAUCCAUUCAAAAGAUUCGUUCACCAAAUCGUUCAGUGCUUGGCGGGAGGAGCCCUGACUGUGUACUGCGUAGUCCAACUCACUGGGGCGGCUGUGGCUCAGAGGUAAAGCGGGUCGUCUACCAAUCAAAAGAUCAAUGGCUCAAUCCCCUGCUCCUCCAGUCUGCAUGUCUCAGUAUCCUUGAGCAAGAUACUGAACCCCAAAUUGCUCCCGAUGGCUGUUCCAUCGUUGUGUGAGUGUGUUAAAACUGAGUAGCAAAUGGUACCUUGUAUGGUAGCCUCGGCCACCAGUGUAUGAAUGUGUGUGUGAAGGGGUGAAUGUGACUCGUAGUGUAAAAAGUGCUUUGAGUGGUCAGAUGACUAGAAAGGCACUAUACAAAUGCAGGUCCAUUUACUGAACUGAAACACGGCUGAAAAAUUCAUCAUUCAGUUUAGUUCACGGCUUCCGCGAGUGCUGUGGCAGUGUUGCUUUGACAAACACAUUUAUAAAAGUAAACACGUUUAUAAAUCAUGAUUUUUUAAGUGUCCUCGCCGAGUAGGCUAUUGUAAAUAAACGCCGUUUAGAAUGAGGGUUUAACUGGUCUACUACAGUUCGGCAUUGGGCUCAGGGCUGAGGGCUCACGUUCACUUACUGUAUAGUACAUUCAGUGCGUUCACUUAACGUACCACACACUCCGAUUGUUUGCAGAUAUGGACAACUUUCAAUCAAGUGUGUAUGUGUGUACAUUGUGCUGUGUGGUCACCCCUCCCUUGUAAUGGUUGAGUCCUGCAGGUGACUACUCUCAGAAGAAAACAACACUCAAGAAAACAAAGUUGUGAUAUAGAAGUGCAGUUUAAUUGCAAGUCAAGCAUACAAUUUGCAUUGCAAUGCAUUUUCAGGAACAGUAAAGAAAUAAAACUGAGCUGCCUAAUAUGAAAUCAUAUUUAGUUCAGUGUCUACUGUAACUUAAUUGAUUGGCCCUACCCCUAGCACUUGCCCACUACCACUUGGCCCUCGAAAUGAAGCAAUGAGGGGUAGGGGUUGAAAUCUUUCACUAGGAAUUGGGACACCACUCACUACGUCACCGCGUUGGUAACGUUCACGCAUACGUAACUAUUUUAAACAGGAAGCUGCGAGCCAUCUACAUUUCCAACCAGCAUCUAUAAUGGAGUCUCCAGUUGAGUUCAUCCUACCGAUCGCGUUUGCAUUAUUCAUCAUGCUUCGUUUAAUGAAUGACAGACGACAGGGGACUUCUGCUAGCUAGAUAGCUAGCUAACCAGCUAACAUUACGAGGCAGCAGCAUAGUUAUACUAGCUGGCGUGUUAUCGUAAUGUGAAAAAUCCGACAAUUUUGCAGAACAGGAAAGAUGACAGACGCCAGAUAGUGCGAGCUAGCUAGCUAGCUAACAAGCAACCUGACGACAGUAACAUUAGCUAUGUAUGAACUUUUUUCUCAGUCUCUUGAUCGGUGGUAGCCAUGGCGACGUCUACCCCUCACUGGCAAGUCAGCAUCUGAAAUCCCUCACUCCGAAGGGCUAGUUUCAUACCCACUACCCCUCGUUAUGCCUCCUACCCCUACACACAAAAAGGAAUAGGUACACCCCUAUCCCUCGCAGGAAUGCACAAAUGUAGGGGUAGGGCUAAGGGGGGGUAUUGGGACUGGCCCCAAAGCUUGAUUGACAGAUUCAUGAGUUUGUUUGGAUGUGAUUAUACAAGUGAAAAUUAGGCCUUCAAAAUCACAGUAUUCUCACAUGACAAUGCAGCAAUAACAUUAAAAAAACGUGUUGCCAUAUUCUGACGUAUAAUUAGUUGUCAUUCAUAUUUAUUGCUGUAAUUCACAUCUUUUAAUUCUAUUCAUAAUUUUAUUGACAUUUGUAUAUAUUUUGUUCUACCACAUUUUUUUGUUCACCCAUUAAUCACUCACUCAUAUUUUGUUCUAUUGCUACUUGUUUUAUACAGUACUUGUUACAUGUAACAACACACGGACAGUGUGUUGUUGCUGUGGCAAUUUGGCAAAGUAAAAGUUAUUUCCCUCCGAGAUUAAUAAAGUGCCUGAUAGACUUGAACACACCCCCAUUCACUCAGUCUCUCUGUUGCUGCUACUGCAUCUGCCCUGCACUGGUGAGUCUCAUUACUAGCCAGCUUAACGUUUUAAGUUUGUUUAUCUGGAAACUAAGUCUGUUAAAACAAUGGGGAGGUGUGUGAUUGUGUUCGUAUGGCUUGACUCCUGGCUACAUUAGCCAUUAGCUUGGAGGAAACGGUCCCUAUGAAAGUGUAUUGCUGAGAAGAAAUGAUUUGAAUCACUCAGGGAUCAGGGUUACAUUGUUCACCGAGUGAUUCCUCACGCAGUAGGCAGUCCCUCCCUGCACCGUGGCUGCCUCGCGACUCGCGAGUGAUUCAUCGUUCGCACGGACCAAAUCGGCAGUUCCACGCCCGGCCUGCAUGCUCGCUGCUGAGCUCAACUGAACUGAGAAAUGAACAAAACAGUUCCGGAAGUGAUUCAGUUCAGUACGUUCACUCAACAGAUUCAUUCUUUUGAACGAUUCGUUCGCGAAUGACUACACUACGGGAAAAUCGCGGGACUUUUGAACAAUUGCAAGCCCCCGCAAAUAUUGCAGACUUUCACUGAAUUUGUGUUAAUUAUUGCGAUCGCAAGAUCGCGAUUUUCUGGAGGGACUGAGAAGUGGCUGUGAGGUUUUCCAGGUUGGAUGUAAAAGACUAAAAACAAGGCUUUCAAAGGAGCUAUAAUCUAGUUUAGGUUUUGGGCUGAUUUACAGACUAGAGUUAAAAAUGGCUGCAACUGCCCCUCCUUGGCCGCUGCCCCAAGGAAUGUGGGUGUUAUUAUGAGUGGGAAAAGUGGAUUCAUUUAGACUGUCAUAUUCAUCUUGACACAGCCAGGCUUCAGUGAAGCUGAGUAAAUCAAUAUGAUUAUCUGAUAUUAAUUUGUUUACUAACACUACUUUGGAUGAUAGAGACCUAAUAUUUCACAAUCCACACAGGGGAGGUUUUAAUUUAUUAGGUUGUUAUGCACAACUCCUCUUUGUUUAAUUUUAGAUUUAGAUAAUUUAGGUGGUCGGGGGACAGACACUGUUUGUAUAACUCUAUGGGUGGGUAAGUGCACUAGAAGCUCAGAGAAGCGUGCAAGACUGCGACUCUGAGUCCUGAUAUCAACUCUGGGUUGUCAGGGUUUUGAAUUAGUAAUAAACUUGGCCAGGUUUCAAGAUAUGAGGGCCGCUCCAUCCAAAGUGGGAUGAAUGCCGUCUCUCCUAAUCAGACCAGGUUUUCCCCAGAAAGUUUGCCAAUUAUUAACGAAAUCCACAUCAUUUGCUGGACACCACCUGGACAGCCAGCAAAAAUAUUUGCAGUCAAGUAUUUGGGAUUUUCGUGUUGUUAUUUCGUCACACCCCUGGUGUGUAAAGAUGUUUUGUAUAUGGUUAGAAUACAUGCAUAAAACUGCAUUCAUUACAACUAACUUUAAAAGAUAUUUAUCCUUUAGUUAUACAAGAAUAUAAAAAAGUUGGGACGCUGUGUAAAACUUCCAUAAAAACAGAAUGAAAUGAUUUGCAAAUCCAUUUUGACCUAUGUUUAGUUGAAUGCAGUCCAAAGACAAGAUAUCAAAUGUUCAAACUGAUAAACCUUAUUGUUUUUUGUUAAUAUACACUUGUUCUGAAUUUGACGCCUGCAACAUGUUUCAAAAAAAGUUGGGACAGGAACAUGUCUACCACUGUGUUCCAUCACCUUUUAUUCUAACAACACGCACCAAGUGUUUGGGAACUGAGAACACUAACUGUUGAAGUUUUGAAAGUUAAAUUCCUUCCCAUUCUUGCUUGAUAUACGACUUUAGUUGCUCAACAGUCUGGGGUCUCUGUUGUAGUAUUCUGCAUUUUUUUUGCACAUUUUCAGGAGGAGACAGGUUUAGACUGCAGGCAGGCUAGUCUAGUACCUGCACUCUUUUACUAAGAAGCCACGCUGUUGGCACACGAGCAGAAUGUGACAACGUCCAUGAUUUCCAAAAACAGCUUGAAAUGUGGACUUUAGUCUCAACUUGCAUUUGUAGAUGCAGCAACAAACUGUGUUUACUGACAAUGGUUUUCCGAAGUGUUCCAGAGCCCAUGUGGUAAUAUGCUUUAUAUAAUCAUGUUGGUAUUUAAUAAGUGCUGUCUGAAGGAUCAGAGGUCAUGGGUAUUUCAUUUUGCAUUUAUGAUGAUAUUAUAGAUACUAUGAAUUGUAGAUUGCGAAAUACCUAAAUUGCGUGUUGAAAAACGUUGUUCUUAAACUGUUGGACUGUUUGCCCUGGCAGUUUUUCACACAAUGGUGAACCUAGCCCCGUGCUUGUAUUUAACUGAAUAUAGGUCAAAAAGGAUUUGCAAUAUCAUUGCAUUGAUAUACAUUCAAAACAGCAUCCCAGUUUUUUUGGAAUUUGGUUUUAGAUUUGAUUUUAACUUUCUGUGUUAAAUGAGACCUCCUUCCACUUAUGUCAUUGUGAAGCAUUGCGUGAUGAUUACAAAACAGUGAUGCACCAGGUUGGUCUUCCACAAAGCCUAAAUCUAACUGUGUACUACAUUUAUUGUGUCAUGAAAUUGUGCUUCUUCAUCAUCAUGACACCAUCAGAUACCAAAAACAGCAGCUUUGUUGUGGUUACUGCAAAACAUUUUUACAAAUAUUUCACUGUUGCAAAGAUGGUCUUUUCAUAAAACGGGGCUGUCUAUGCAGUAGGAAGAUGCAAGAUUGGUGCUACAUGACAAGAGAAAAAACAGUGGGGAAGGGCUGUGACAUUUGCUUUUGCUCAAGAGGUACAAAACCAACUAUCAGAAUGCACUGCACCAAACCAGGCCAAUAAAUGCUCCUGCUGGUGGGUGAUAUAAUGCGAGCUUGGCUGUUCUGACACAGUGAACAAUAUAACACCCAGCUGGUAGCAAAAAGAUCUAGAGUCACAGUUUAACAUUCAGCUAAAACAUAUUUCUGAAAACAUUUCACCAGAGGAUCCACGAUAUAAUAACAAUGCUUCAGUUACAAUACAAUAUUAUUGCAAUGUUAAACAUGUUGUGACAUGCUGAGUAUUGCAGUAAAAAAUAUUGUGAUGUUUUGUGAUUUAUUACCCUUUUCCAACUGCAAAUAAUGUUUAAUGUUCACUUUGUCAACAUCUCUUUUAUCGAAUAAGAUAAAGUUUUCAGUCUGUUCAUCUCACUACAGCCUUUUUUUUUCAGCAAAAUGUAUCUAGUGGACUGAAAAAGCAAUUGCUUAUCUUAUUCUAGUAGGCUACCUAAAGUUUAAUUUGUAUUUGUAAUAUUAAUAAUUUAUAUAAUAAAAGAGCGACACUUGGCACUGUGUGACGAUACGAUGUUGCCACAUAAAACUAUGGCAAUACUAUGCUGUAUCGAUUAUUUCCCCCCACCCCUACAAAGUACCAUUUUUGAACUCAUCAUUGAUCAUUCUGCACAGGUGGCACACAAUGCUAAGUAGCAACAGACAGUUGGACAAUCUGGCUUCCUGAUAAAGGAUUCACAUUGUGUAUGACUUGUGAUUACUAGUUGUUCAAACAACUCACUUAUUCCCACUCACAUAUUCUAAGAGGGGAUGUUAUGUCUUGUGUGGGUGUGGCUGCAUAAAAAUGAGCGUCAGUCACUCUUUUCAAUUUUUAUUGGAACACUUUUAUGUCUGUGGCAUAUGUCUCGGCUAAAUGGCCUUUCAUGGAAGAUCAUGAAAUGGAUCUACUGGGAAAAGAAAAAAAUAUUUCAGUGCAAUAAUGUACAAUACAUUUGUGCUUUUUGUAGAUACUGACAUUUCAUGUGGACAGAGUUUUUCCUUUCAUUUUCUCAGCAGCCAUGGAGCUUGCUGAUUUGAUCAGUAGAGGAGUUCUCCAACUGAGAGGUAGAUCUUUACAACACAUGAAUUCAUGCCUUUAUUGCUGACCAUGAAUUAAUGGUAUGUCAUAGUAGUCAAUGCAUCUUUAAAGUGAUCUGGAAGGCGUUGUCAGUCUGUUGUUAUGUCUCUGUCUGUUAUUAUGUGGCUUUUUGUUAAGAGCAGUCUCUCUCAGCCCCGAGGAAAUAUAAUAAUAUGUAACACAUAAAAAGUCAAAUAUUUGUGCAGUGACAUCUAACAUAACUAUAAAAAGUCUGUAUAAAUGUGAAUUAUUCAAAUGAG